AUGGAGGAAUCUGUGGAUGAACCAGCAGCUGGAAAAUCUUUGGAUGCACCUGCUGACCAACCAGAGACAGCAGAGCCCUCUGAGCCAACAACUGAGGAACCUGAAUUUGUGGAAGAAGCUGUUGGAGAACUCAUUGCAGAACUCACUGCAGAACCCACCGUGGAACCCACAGUGGAACCAGCAAGUGGAGUUCAAUCAGAAGAGGCUGUUGUAGAAUCAGUCUUAGAACCUGUAGCGAAACCUGUUGACAGUGUUUCUGAAGAACCUGCAGUUAGGCCAGCGGCUGUGGCUGCAGUUGAACGUGUAGUUAAGCCUGUGGCUGCAGUUGAACCUGUAGUUGAGCCUGUGUCUGCAGUUAAACCUGUAGUUGAGCCUGUGGCUGCAGUUAAACCUGUAGUUAAACCUGUGGCUGCAGUUAAACCUGUAGUUGAGCCUGUGGCUGCAGUUAAACCUGUAGUUGAGCCUGUGGCUGCAGUUAAACCUGUAGUUGAGCCUGUGGCUGCAGUUAAACCUGUAGUUGAGCCUGUGGCUGCAGUUAAACCUGUAGUUGAGCCUGUGGCUGCAGUUAAACCUGUAGUUGAGCCUGUGGCUGCAGUUAAACCCGUAGUUGAGCCUGUGGCUGCAGUUAAACCCGUAGUUGAGCCUGUGGCUGCAGUUAAACCCGUAGUUGAGCCUGUGGCUGCAGUUAAACCCGUAGUUGAGCCUGUGGCUGCAGUUAAACCCGUAGUUGAGCCUGUGGCUGCAGUUAAACCCGUAGUUGAGCCUGUGGCUGCAGUUAAACCCGUAGUUGAGCCUGUGGCUGCAGUUAAACCCGUAGUUGAGCCUGUGGCUGCAGUUAAACCCGUAGUUGAGCCUGUGGCUGCAGUUAAACCCGUAGUUGAGCCUGUGGCUGCAGUUAAACCCGUAGUUGAGCCUGUGGCUGCAGUUAAACCUGUAGUUGAGCCUGUGGCUACAGUUGAACUUGUAGCUAAAGCUGUGGCUGCAGUUGAACAUGUAGUAGAGCCUGUGGCUGCAGUUAAACCUGUAGUUGAGCCUGUGGCUGCAGUUAAACCUGUUGUUGAGCCUGUGGCUGCAGUUAAACCUGUAGUUGAGCCUGUGGCUGCAGUUAAACCUGUUGUUGAGCCUGUGGCUGCAGUUAAACCUGUAGUUGAGCCUGUGGCUGCAGUUAAACCCGUAGUUGAGCCUGUGGCUGCAGUUAAACCCGUAGUUGAGCCUGUGGCUGCAGUUAAACCCGUAGUUGAGCCUGUGGCUGCAGUUAAACCCGUAGUUGAGCCUGUGGCUGCAGUUAAACCCGUAGUUGAGCCUGUGGCUGCAGUUAAACCCGUAGUUGAGCCUGUGGCUGCAGUUAAACCUGUAGUUGAGCCUGUGGCUACAGUUGAACUUGUAGCUAAAGCUGUGGCUGCAGUUGAACAUGUAGUAGAGCCUGUGGCUGCAGUUAAACCUGUAGUUGAGCCUGUGGCUGCAGUUAAACCUGUUGUUGAGCCUGUGGCUGCAGUUAAACCUGUAGUUGAGCCUGUGGCUGCAGUUAAACCUGUUGUUGAGCCUGUGGCUGCAGUUAAACCUGUAGUUGAGCCUGUGGCUGCAGUUAAACCUGUAGUUGAGCCUGUGGCUGCAGUUAAACCUGUAGUUGAGCCUGUGGCUGCAGUUAAACCUGUAGUUGAGCCUGUGGCUGCAGUUAAACCCGUAGUUGAGCCUGUGGCUGCAGUUAAACCUGUAGUUGAGCCUGUGACUACAGUUGAACUUGUAGCUGAAGCUGUGGCUGCAGUUGAACCUGUAGUAGAGCCUGUGGCUGAGGCUAAGCCUGUGGCUGAGGCUGUAGUUGAACUCGUAGUGGAAUCGGCCGUCAAGCUUGCUGUUGAGCCUAUAGUUGAGCCUGCUGUUGAAGCUGUUGUUAAAUCAUCUAUUGAGCCUGAUGUUGUGCCUGUUGUCGAGGUUGUGAAGGAGUCAACACCUGAACCCAUCAUUGAAGCUGAAGUUGAACCUGUGGCUGAAGCAGCUGUUGAAGUUGUUCAGGAAUCACCAGCUGCUAUUGAACUUAAGAAGGCAUUAGACGUGGAGCCUGUGGAGCAACCUGCUGCUGAAGUUGUGGCAGAUGAUAAUGUAAUAGCACCUGCAUCAGAACCUAUACCAUCCGCCUGUGGGGGUCAAUGUCCAUCACUGUGA